AUGGUUUCUCAAUCGGUCAACAAGACCGCUCUACAUCCUGGCGGUGUUGAGCCGUCGCGGGAACACACGGAGCUCGAAGAAGAACUCCACUCCACAGCUCACAUCGACUAUGAUCGUGUAGCCAUUGUUGCCAACCCUUCAGUAUCAGCUCUCUAUGAAGAUGCUCUAGUCUACGAGACUGGCUCAGCCAUCACAUCCUCAGGAGCUUUGACAGCCUACUCAGGUUCUAAGACAGGCCGUUCGCCACUCGACAAGCGGGUGGUCAAGGAGGAAUCGUCAGAAAAGGAUGUCUGGUGGGGUCCCGUCAACAAGGCCAUGUCUCCCGAGGUCUGGAAGAUCAAUCGAGAACGUGCCGUCGACUACCUCAACACCCGGAAUCGAAUCUAUGUCAUUGAUGGCUACGCCGGCUGGGAUGAGCGGUACCGCAUCAAUGUCCGAGUUGUCUGCGCCCGUGCCUACCAUGCCUUGUUCAUGCGUAACAUGCUGAUCCGACCCAAGCGAGAAGAACUGAAGAACUUCCACCCCGAUUAUGUCAUUUACAAUGCGGGUUCAUUCCCCGCCAACAGAUACACCACUGGCAUGACCAGCGCCACCAGCGUUGCCAUCAACUUCGCUGAGAAAGAGAUGGUCAUUCUGGGUACGGAAUAUGCUGGCGAGAUGAAGAAGGGUGUUUUCACCGUUCUCUUCUACGAGAUGCCCGUAAAGCACAACGUCCUGACUCUACACUCUUCGGCCAACGAGGGCCAGAAUGGGGAUGUCACCGUCUUCUUUGGCUUGUCUGGCACCGGCAAGACCACUCUGUCUGCCGACCCCAAGCGCAAGCUCAUCGGAGAUGACGAACACUGCUGGUCAGACAAGGGUGUCUUCAACAUCGAGGGAGGCUGCUACGCCAAGUGCAUUGGUCUCUCUGCCGAGAAGGAGCCAGAUAUUUUCAACGCCAUCAGAUACGGAUCCGUGCUGGAAAACGUUGUUUUCGACCCCGAAACCCGUGAGGUUGAUUACGACGAUUCGACACUGACCGAGAACACUCGCUGCGCCUAUCCCAUCGAAUACAUCGGCAACGCUAAGAUCCCUUGUCUGAGUGACAACCACCCAACCAACAUCAUCCUCCUCACGUGUGAUGCCCGUGGUGUCCUUCCUCCCAUCUCCAAGCUCGACACUGCCCAGACCAUGUUCCACUUCAUCUCCGGAUACACAUCCAAGAUGGCCGGUACCGAGGACGGUGUGACCGAGCCACAGGCCACCUUCUCGUCUUGUUUCGCUCAACCCUUCCUGGCCCUUCAUCCCAUGCGCUACGCCAAGAUGCUUGCAGACAAGAUCUCCGAACACAACGCCAACGCAUGGUUGUUGAACACCGGUUGGGUUGGUGCCGGUGCCAGCACCGGUGGCAAGCGCUGCCCGCUGAAGUACACUCGUGCUAUCUUGGAUGCCAUCCACUCUGGAGAGCUCGCCAAGGCCGAGUAUGAGACAUACGAUGUCUUCAACCUCAGCGUCCCCAAGAGCUGUCCCAACGUCCCUGACGAGCUGCUGAACCCCAAGAAGAGCUGGACCGGAUCAGCUGACUUUGGCGAGGAAGUCACGAAACUCGGCGUACUUUUCAACGAGAACUUCAAGAAAUAUGCCGACGAGGCCACGGAAGAGGUGAUCAAGGCUGGCCCGACCGUGUAA